AUGCGCUCAGGUGAAGAUUUUCUUAAUUCAUUGAAAAAGAAAACACCACUAAAAAUAACUUAUGAAAGACCAAAAAAGAAUCAGUACUUUUAUAUAAAAAAAAUGGACAGAUAUUUAUACAUUAAAUCAAGAAUACAAGAAAAUAAAAAAUAUUUCUUAGAGAUUCUUAAUAAAGAAUUUAAGCCAGUCACAUUUCAGUCAGAGAGUUCUUAUUUUACAUAUGGCGUAAUUUUUAUAACUCCUGAAAAAGAUAUAUAUAUUUAUAAUAACGAUAAUGAAAGUAACGACACUCCAAUAAAACUAAAUCUAAAUUAUUGUAAACGAUUUUCACUUUUUCAUGGACAGCUUGUAGUUUUAAAAGGUAAAAAUUUAGGAGAUAAUGAAUUUUUAGUCUCAGAAAUACAUUGCUUACCGAUUUUAGAUCACGGAGAUUCCAAUAAAGACUUGAAGUGUAAGAUUAAAGUAAUACAAAAUAUUAAUGAAAAAAUAGAUUAUGAUGCAGAUGUUGUAAUUUUUAUUGGUUGUAAAGUACCAGAAGAUAUUAUAUCUAGUAAGUCACGCCUUACACAUUUUAUACAUGUGCCUACAAUGGAAGAUUUUGAGUGUGUAGAAGUUUAUCCAAUGAAUUCUAGAACAAUUGACGGGCAAAUACAUAUUUCAUUAAAUAAUCCAUGUCAAUUUAAAUUAGAAGAUAAGCUUUUUUGUGUUAAUACACUUCAAGUCCUAGAUCUUUUAUGUGAUAAAGAAAUUUGUAAAAAUGAAGGUAGUUCAAAAAAUGAUAUUUGUGGAGAUUUACUUUUUUCAAAAGAUAAACUUGAAAGAUUGUGUUACCAUCUUAUUUUUCAAAGGUCCUUUUUGCCAAUGUUAAAUGUAAAAAAUGUUUGUUAUAAUGUGGAAAACUUGAACAUGUUGUGUGCACCUGAUUAUUAUUUCAUUCGAUCACAGAAAUUUGAACCAUUUUUUAGGGAUAUUGGACCAACUAAAAUUUUAAAUAUUGGAGAAAAUUAUAAUUGGGAUAUAACUUUAGACAGCAAAGAAACAAAAAUGAAAUUAAUUUAA